GGGUUUCCCCUUAUAAGCUUAAAGCUUUGGCUCCAUGCAGUUAGUUUACGCCAAGCGCGUAAUGGCAACAGGCAGCACUGAAUCUUCGCCCGUGGUGCGAACCACUCAUGGCCAGGUGCGUGGAGCGCUGCUAACAACGCUCUACGAUGAGCCCUACUACAGCUUCGAUGGCAUACCCUACGCGCAACCACCAUUGGGAGAGCUGCGCUUCAGAGAGCCACAGGAUGUGAAGCCCUGGCAAGGCAUUCGUGACUGCACCGAGACGAAAGAUAAGUGCCUGCAAGUGAGCAGCCUAACACAGCAGGUUGAGGGUAGCGAGGACUGUCUGUACCUCAACAUAGCCGUCAAAAGUUUAAGUAGUGAGAAGCCUUUACCUGUGAUGGUAUAUGUGCAUGGAGGUGGUUUUAAGAACGGAGAUCCGACUAGACACGGCUUUGGACCAGACUAUCUGAUGCGCGAGCAGGUGAUUUACAUAAGCAUUUGCUAUCGCCUGGGUCCAUUUGGUUUUUUGAGCUUUGCUGAUCCGUCGUUGGGCAUACCCGGUAAUGCAGGACUAAAAGAUAUUGUGCUAGCUCUCAAGUGGAUUAGGGCAAAUGUUGGAAGCUUCAAUGGCGAUGCGAACAACAUAACGCUCUUCGGCCACAGUUCGGGCAGUUGUAUGGUGCAUCUGCUGAUGGUGAGUCCCCAAGCAGAGGGACUCUUCGACAAGGUGAUAAUGAUGGCUGGCUAUCAUCCCGAGACGAGUAAUUGGCCUAACGUGGAGUACCAAAUGGCUCAGCAUCUGGGCUAUCAGGGCGAGAACAACGAUAUUGAAGUAUUCAAUUACAUAAAUGCCGCAGAUCCCAAGCUGUUAGUCCUCCCAGACUAUCGGCCCUUAUAUGAGCGCUUGCAGAGCACAGGCUAUCCCUUAUAUUUACCACGUGUAGAGCCCUAUUCCACGCCCACUGCCGUGCUACUGGCUGAACCACGAGUGCUGCAGCGCAGUGCGUGGAGCAAUCGUCUGCCCCUCAUGCUAGGCUGCACCAGCAAUGAGGGUCUGUUCAGUCCUAUGAUGAAUAUGAAGACGGAUCCGAAAAUAUUGAAAGCAUGCAAGGAUCGUCCGGAAUUCGUGUUGCCGUAUUCCCUACUUCGGCACUGUGAGCCAACCACUUGUCGUCACGAGGGACAGAACCUCUUGAAGAAAUUCUGUGGUGUGCACAGCACGUAUUUGACCGAGGAACAUCAGCCAGCGAUUGCUGAACUUUUCACACACAACCUGUUGCACUACCAACAGCGCAUGCUCAAGGCUCGACUGGCAUAUAGCCAGGCUGACAACUAUCUCUAUCGUUUCGACUUUGAUUCACCUGAUUUCAAUUUCUAUCGGAUUCGCUAUCAAGGGCCAGAUGUUCGAGGCGUUCAGCAUGCUGAUGAGCUGUGCUAUCUGUUCAAGCUGCCCGCCACGUUCAAGCUAGAGAAGUCUCGACCGGAGUACACGGCCAUCUGCCGCUUUGUAGCCAUGUUUACUGAGUUUGCCCGCAGCUCCAAUCCAAAUGGACAUCUCACCAAGUCGCUGGUGGACUGGCAGCCAGUAACAAAAGAAGAGCCCACAAUGUGCCUGAAUAUCAAUGAGGAACUCACGUUCAUUGCACAACCAGAGCGCUGGAAAUUGAGGUUCUAUGAGCAGCUGUACAGACAUUUUGAAAGGGAUCUAAUUUUGGAGACCUGUGAAAUAUCGUUGCCCGUGGGCCAAGUCCGAGGCGUUAAGCGUCGCAGCCUUUACGAUAAUGAUUACUAUAGCUUCGAGCGUUUGCCCUUUGGCCAGCCGCCACUGGGCGACCUGCGCUUUAAGGCACCCCUGCCAGCUAAACCCUGGUCAGGUGUGCUGGACUGCACCCACUUUGCCGAUAAGCCCGUGCAGAAGGGCUUGCUAACAGGCGUCAUCGAGGGUAGCGAAGAUUGUCUCUAUCUGAAUGUGUACGCCAAACAGCUGAAGAGCGAAAAACCCUUGCCUGUUAUGGUCUAUAUAUAUGGAGGUGCUUUCUCCAUAGGCGAGGCCACCCGCAACCUUUACUCGCCCGAUUAUUUUAUGGCUAAAGAUGUGAUUCUUGUAACGCUCAACUAUCGUGUUGAUUGUCUAGGUUUCCUUAGUCUGAAAGACCCUAGCUUAGAGGUACCUGGCAAUGCUGGACUCAAAGAUCAGGUUUUAGCUCUCAAAUGGGUCAAUCAAUAUAUUUCCUAUUUCAAUGGCGAUGUUAAAAACAUAACGGUCUUUGGCGAAAGUGCCGGGGGCUGCUCCACCCACUAUAUGAUGUGUACGGAGCAGACGCGAGGGCUCUUCCAUAAGGCUAUUCCCAUGUCGGGCACCUUACACAACUACUGGUCCAAUACGUCGCCCUUCGACUUCGCUUUUCGUCUGGCCAAGCUUCAUGGCUAUGAGGGCGAAAACAAUGAUCGCCAGGUGCUGGAGCAUUUACGUAGUGUGCCGGCACAUCAGCUGGUUAACCACAGCCUACUCACCCCUGAGGAUCGACGCAAUGGACUGAUUUAUGCCUUUGGGCCCACUGUGGAGCCGUACGUGAUGGCGGACUGUGUGGCAUCCAAGUCACAGGUAGAGAUGGCGAGGAACGCAUGGAGCAAUAAACUACCUGUCAUGCUGGGCGGUGUCUCUUUCGAAGGACUUUUCAUGUAUCCUGCACUGAAGGCCAAUCCACAGAGCAUGGAUAGCUUGCCGAAGGAUCUUUUGCGAUUGACGCCACAUGAAGUGCGUGUGCUCAAUACGGAGCAACAGAACCUGGAGUCCAGCAAAAAGAUGAUGAAAUUGUACUUUGGUGAUGACACGCCUAGCUCCAAGCUCAUUAUGAACUUCUUGGACUACUACUCCUAUAGGAUCUUCUGGCACGGCUUUCAUCGCACUUUGCAAGCUCGUCUGGCGUAUGCCACAGCUCCCACUUAUUUCUAUCGCUUUGAUUUUGAUUCACCUGAUUUCAACUUCUACCGUAAGAAGUUCUGUGGCGAUGACCUUAAGAAGGGAGUUGCCCAUGCCGACGAGUUGAGUUAUUUGUUCCGCAACGCGGAUUCGUGGAAGCUGGAUAAGUGCUCUGGUGAAUAUCGCACCAUUCAACGUCUGGUGGACAUUUGGACGUCUUUUGCAAUUACCUCCAAUCCCAACUGCGCCGAGACUGCGCAUCUCGAUUGGCAGCCUGCUAAGCAGCAACAGCCACAGCGCGUGCUCAACAUUGGCAACGAGGUGGAGCUCAUUGAUCUGCCUGAGUACGAAAAGCUGCUCGUCUGGGAUAGUCUAUAUAAAAAGGAGCAAGAGAAGAGACCCUCAAACGAGGUGCCACCAAUGAUCACAGGCAGCUCAUUGCCCCACGCCUCGGACAGCGUUUCCACUGGUGGUCGCGAGAUAACACAACUUUCGCUAACACCUCGCGUUUGCUCUGUUGUCAUCAUAAUCUGCGUGGAAGCAGCGCCUGCGCUCAUGCCCAUCAGCGUUACGUUGUUCGGAUCGCCGUUGAAGUACGCGAUGUUAUCGUGCACCCAGCGAAUGGCCAUUACCUGGUCCUUAAGGCCAGCGUUGCCGGGCACAUCCAAAUCUCGAUCGGGUAGACUGAGAAAACCUGUAGAUAUGUUGAAAUUUGGAAGGCUGGGAAAGUUCAGACCUUUGCUCGGCGCCAACAAGUUAAACUUCUCUCAAAAAACUAACCUCGAGACGAAGGUUGUGGAGCUGCCAGUGGGCAGUGUUAAGGGCAAGCAUCAGGUUGGCAUCACUGGACAUGAGUUUUAUAGUUUCGAAGGCAUACCCUUUGGCAAGCCGCCUGUUGGGAAGCUUCGGUUUUGCCCAUCCCAGCCGGCAGAGCCUUGGCUUGGCAAGGUUCUUGAUUGCCUGAAGGAGCGUAGUUUGCCCGUCCAACAGGGGGACGCUGAACGGGAUAGAAGCGCUACAAUAGGCGACGAGGACUGCUUAUACUUGAACGUGUACUGCAAACAUUUUAACAUGUCUAAGCCGCUGCCCGUGUUGGUCUUUAUACAUGGGGGUGGCUUUAAAACAGGGGGUGCUACAAGAACCAAGUAUGGACCAGACUAUCUGAUGCGAGAGGAUAUCGUCUAUGUGAUAUUCAGCUACCGGCUGUGCUCGUUGGGCUUUCUUAACCUGACUGACGCCGAACUGGGUGUGCCUGGCAAUGCGGGCUUGCAUGAUCAGCUGCUGGCACUGCGCUGGACCAAGCAGUACAUCUCGCACUUUAAUGGGGAUCCGGAAAAUAUAACCUUAAUGGGCAACAGUGCAGGAGCUGCCUCGGUGCACUUUAUGAUGUGUCUGCCACAGGCGUGCGGUCUCUUCCACCGUGCCAUUAUGAUGUCCGGCACUAUGACCUGUCCCUGGACUCAGGUGCCGAAUGCGAACACCAUGUGCUUUCGUUUGGCUUGUGCCAAGGGCUAUAAAGGUGACAUGUGUGAGGCGCCUGUCUUGGAGUUCCUCCGCUCGCUGUCCCAUGAGGAACUAGUGCAGCAUGAGCUAUUCGGCUCAAAAAAUUUUCUAUUUGGACAUCUUUUUCCAUUUGUGCCCUCAUUAGAGAGCCAUAAGGGUAGCGAAGGGUUGCUCAACCGUCCAUUUUUGACAAUGAUGCGGAACGCUUGGUCUAAGGACGUGCCCGUGCUAAUGGGUUGCACAUCUUUCGAAGGUCUUAUCAUGUAUCCCUACUGCAAGCUCAAGAAUGGUUACAUCCUAAAUCUCCUCAAGGCCGAACCUACGCGAGUGCUACCUUAUGAUGUGUACGAGAGGCUCUCGAUGCCCGAUAAGGUUGAGCGAGCUACGCAGCUGUUAAACUAUCAUUUUGGACCCAGACCAAUUCAUGCCAACAAUAUAGUGCAACUUUUGGAUCUAUUCAGUUAUAAGCUCUUCUGGCAUGGAAUACAUCGCGUUGUGCUCUCCCGUUUGGCUUUUGCGCAGGCUCCCACCUAUCUUUACAGAUUCGAUUUCGAUUCGAGCAAGCACAAUUUAUGCAGAAUCAAUUUGUGCGGAGAUGAUAUUAGACGUGGUGUGUGCCAUGCCGAUGAGCUAGGCUAUAUAUUUCCCAGGAAGCUUAUAUCAAAAAAUCAAUAUAACGAAGCUGAGUGCACUACUAUCAACCGAAUGGUGGGAAUUUUGACGUCAUUCGCUAAAACAGGAAAUCCAAACUGUAUUGACACUGAGCCAGAAGAAUGGAAGCCCGUGACCGAAAACACAAAAUUUCACGUCAUGAAUAUCAGUUACAAAUUAACGUUCGACAGGCAGAUGGAGGAAGACGGCAUUGAAGUAUGGAAUAAGAUUUACGAUAAUGACAAGUGCCUGCUUUACGAUGGUUAGAAAUUAUUUUAAAUCUAAAAUUGU